GCGCGAGGUGAUUGGGCAUGGGAGUCGAAGUAAAUUAGUAAACACGCCAUCUGGCUUGAUUCCGUGAAGGGAAGAGUGCGACCAUCGAAAAUUUCUCACCCGCAACUUCAUUCGAAGCUUUCGUGAAUACUUUUUCCACUUCGUUUUCUGAUAAAGAAGAGGUGAAAAUUGUUGGGGGAUAAGAAAACUAAACAGUAGAGCAACCUCAGAAGACGAGUAUGGAUGAAGUUAAUCAAACCUUAAAGAAGCAGAUAGCAGCACUUUUGCGGGUUAUCUCUGCAGCUAAUUACUAUAAACAGGAUAAUGUUCCUUGCCAAAUCGAAGAGGGUCUUUUCUUGGGUUCAGUUGGCGCUGCAGCUAACAAGGAUGCACUUAAAAACUUUAAUGUUACUCAUGUUUUAACUGUGGCUAAUACUCUGACACCCGCACAUCCUGAUGAUUUUGUAUAUAAAACUAUAAAUGUUGUUGACAGAGAGGACGCAGACAUAAAACAAUACUUCAACGAGUGCUUUGAUUUUAUUGAUGAAGGAAAAAGAGUUGGAGGGACUUUAGUUCAUUGCUUUGCUGGAAGAUCCAGGAGUGUGACUGUAGUGGUUGCAUAUCUGAUGAAAACUCAUCGAAUGAGUUUAUCUCAAGCCCUGGAGCAUGUGAAGAGCAGACGACCAACGGCAUCUCCCAACCUUGGUUUCAUUCGACAGCUGGAGGACUUUGAAAAAUCUCUUCAAGUUUCAAAUUGAGAAGAUUCGUGAAUUUGGCUCUGAUUUGCUUCUGGAUACAAGAAUCAAGUGUCGCAGUGCAGAAGUCAAAGGCGAUUGGUGAUACUUUGUAAACAUGAAGGUAAAUAAGAUUUACCGUGAAUCCAGAAAAUGUAUCAAGACGGCAUGAGACCGUCCUUGACAGUAGUGCAUGUUGGACCGUUAUUAAUCUUAGUACCGGAGUUUCGGAUUCAAUAUAAUUUCAGUACCGUGUUGGAAUCUUUCUUCAUGAGAAAAAGAAAGUAUUCUGAUUUAUGACAU